AUGGAUUCAUGUUGUGCACAAAUUGCAGUCGUGCUGGGCGAUCUGGUUCACCUACCCGGAACUGGUCUUUAUAAUGCGACCGAGACGAGCUACUGGUCCACGCAAGAGGCGGUGCUCGUGCCUGGAUGCGUUGUUCUUCCCCAAACAAGCACAGACGUAGCAGAUUUCAUCUCCACCGUCUCUCGCAUUACAAAUUGCAGCUUUGCUAUCAAGACUCAGGGUCAUGCCCCAGCUGCCGGAGCCGCCAAUAUCAAUGGCGGGCCGACGCUGGACUUGUCGUGGCUGAAUUUUACCGAUAUUUCAGCUGACUUUUCAACUGCACGUGUUGGUGCCGGGUCGUCUUGGAGCAAUGUGUACGACACGCUUCAACCAUACAACAAGACCGUCACUGGGGGUCGAAAUGGGGCAGUGGGGGUGGGAGGGCUGACUAUAGGCGGUGGCAUAUCGUACUACUCGCCACAAGUCGGGUGGACAUGCGACACUGUAGUAAACUUUGAGGUCGUACUCUCUUCAGGAGACAUUGUCAACGCGAACUCAACGUCAAAUCCCGAUCUCUAUCGUGCUCUAAAGGGUGGCGGCAACAACUUUGGCGUGGUAACGGCCAUCGACUUCUACACCAUCGAUGCGGUACCGCUGCGAGCUGGUCACUUGUUCCAGAGUCAAGACUAUGCAGAACAAAUCCUCAGAGCUUUCGCCAGGAUCGCGUCUGCAAAUGACUAUGACGUCCAUGCAUCAAUUGUCACAAGUUUCAUUUUCAAUCAAACGACGCGCGAAUGGACAAUCGUUAGCGUGCCAAUCUAUACACUGCCAGAGAUGGAGCCGGAAGUGUACAAGGAAUUGUUUGCGAUCCCAAACAUCACGGAGUUGACUACAGCGACAAUCGAAAGUAUCAGUACUCUGGCUACUGAAGCUCCGUAUGCCCAGAAGUAUCAGGCUUUUUUCACAAGUACAUAUGCCGCGGACGGCGAUCUACUCGUUGCGCUCUUUAGCAUUGCAAACGAGAGCCUCGGAUGUGACUCGUAUCCCGCCGAUGUGAGUAUUAGCAUGACGUUUGAGCCUCUUCCAACGAUCAUGACUCGGCACGGUGAAAAGAAAAAUUCACUUGGUACAUCUCCAUCUGAUGGAAAUGGUGUCAUUCUGCUCAUCUCGGUAUCUUGGAGUAAUUCUGCCUCCACAUUGAGUGCAGAGCGUAUUGGUCGCGAACUGAUAUACAAGCUCGACGAUGCGGCAUGCACUGUGGAUAAAUUGCGCAAGUUCAGGUACCUAAACUAUGCGAGCCCUGCUCAGGAUCCUUUGAAGAGCUACGGAGAAGACAACCUCGCGAUGUUGAGAAAUGUCAGUCGGCAUUCCGAUCCUCAAGGAAUGUUUCAAACACGAGUUCCCGGUGGUUUUAAGCUCUGGGAAGACUCUUUAGCAAAACCCUAG